AUGAACACAAAACAGCUACAUUUGUACCAUUUAAGAAAACAUAUAAGAGCAAACAGACUAAUAAAACCUUUAAUGUAUAGUGUUCAUUUACUCUUUUUAAAAUUAAAACCCUGUUUAAAAUAUUAUGGGUAUUCUGAAAUACAUUUUUUGAAAAAAGCAGAGAGUGAAAAGAAGAUAAGAAUUUAUAGCGACACAAAACAUUUCCAUAUUUUGAAAUGUGUGCUUACCAACCCGUCUUGUGAUAUAUAUACAAUAAUAACAAAAGAUGAUGUAAAAAAGGGGAGAAGCUAUUUUGACAUUCACAUGAAAGAGCUUAAUGAAAAAGGUAUAUAUAGACUUAUUAUUUUUUUUUAUAACGAAAAUGAUGAGAAUAAAGUAGAAGGUAUAUAUAUUUCAAAUGUUUUGAAAAAUUUAAAUAAAAAGAAAAAUUCAUUAAUUAGUAAAAAUAACAAGAAUAUAAAGGAUGGGAUAACUACUAGCCACAACAACUGUUACCACUUAUGUUUUCAAAAUGCGGAAAAGAAGACAUUAAAUUUUGAUUUUAAAAAAAUGAAAUUUGAGGAUAAACAUACCUAUACGUAUAUAAACACUUUUUGUGAAUUCUUUUUCCUUCCUUCAAUCUUUCCAUGUAUACAGAGUACUAUUCAUAGAGUCAAAUUUAAAUUAAAAUUAUCGUUUGAAAUUAAGUCUAACUAUAUAAAAAAAAAAAAAAAAAAAAGAGACGACUUUUCCUUUUUUAUGCCCUACGUUAAUUUACACUUGAGAGGUACUAAAUGGUCAUGCAGAUCCAAUGUGAAAAAAGGGAAAGAAAAAUACGAAGAUGAAAGGGAGUUUUACAAAGGUGAGAAGAGGAAAAGGAUGAAAAGGAGUGCUGUUAAACUUUUAAGGCCAUCCAAUCUAGUGGUGAGUAACACUAAGUUAAAAGGGGUGUACCACAGUAAGUGCAACGAGUGUUUUACUUGUUUUCUUUUAUGUAGUUGCUUCGGUUACGUGCAGCGUCCUGAGUACGGGCAUCGACUUGAGGAGCAUACCUGUAUAAAGAGUAACUACGCAAGAAGAAAACGGACAAAGGGGGGAACAUGUAGAAAAGAAUUGUGUAAAAAAAUUACAAACCAAGUGAAGAAAGAAAAAGAGUAUAUAACUUUCGAAUUUUAUACUACAAGUAAAAUAGCAAAUUACACUUUUUGUUUAUUCAUUGGAAUAUAUCACAAAAUAGAGUUUAAAAUUAAAGGAUUUCCUAUUUUUAUAUAUAUUGAAAAUUAUAGAAAAAAUGAAAUGAGUAAGUACUCAUAUUUUACAAAAAUUUUAAGUAAGAUAUUGUUAAUGUUCAUGAAUAUAAGUAUAUUUAGAAAAAAGUUGUUACAAAAUACCUUCUUACAAUGUAUACUAUUAAAUAAGUACAAAUAUGCAGGUGAAGAAAAUUACAACUGUGUUACGUUUCUUAUAUCAUUUAUUCAAAUCAAUGAGGAAAAUGAAAAUGACAAUUUGGAUAAACUUUUCUUACAAGUCAAAUUAAUUGUUCAUGAAAUUUUUCAUACCCUUUGGGGAAACUGCCUAUAUUUUAGAAAAGAAAAAUAUUUAUGGUGUAAGGAAGGGCUAACAAGAUAUUAUGAAUUAAAAUAUACUAAAUAUAUUUUGAAAAAAUUGAAAAAUAGGAAGCAUAUAAAAUUGACAGUAUUUAUUUUUAUUACGCUUGAAUAUUACUUCUACGUCCUAACGACGGAUGUUCUGAAUGCUUACAACCAUGCGUUGAACAUAGAUAGUAACUUAUACAAACUUCAUGACUGUCCUAGAGUCAUAAGCAGAAAAGGGGGUUCACCAACAGCAACAGCUACCUUGGAAAACCUACGCGUAAGGGACGUGCACCAUUUUUACAACAUUCUCACAUACAACAAAGGAAUGUACGUUUUUAAAAUUAUAAGUAUCGUGUCGAGACCACACUUUGAUACGAUCAUGAAUUUGCUAUAUUUCACUUUUUACAAUCGUUCUAUAAACUGGAGCAAAAUUGUAACUCUUUUUCAUUUUUUUUUCCAACUUUUUCGCAUUAAACCUUUUUUCCUUAAUUGCCAUAAAUAUAGAAAAAUAGCUGAACAGGUAAUAAAAUUUAUCAAAAAAAAAAAAAAAUUUUUCACAAGAAGCUUCGUAAAGCUAAUAAGGGUUAAAUCAGCAUGUAAAAGAAAAUGGAUAAAUUAUACGAAAAAAAAAAAAGCACACAGGAAAAAUAAAAAUUUUGCAAGUACUUACAAUUCUGUGAUCAUUCCGCUUUUCUGGUCAAACUUUUUAAAACCAUCUUUUAAGAAGUACUUUCUAACCUAUUAUAGGAAAAUACAUAGAAGGUAUAGAGCCCUUGGAGGGGUUACAAUAUAUAAGGGGAAAAUUAACAAAAGGUGGAAAAAGAGCCAAAAAAAUGAAAAAUGUUCCAACAUCCGAACGAACGCAAGGAAUGAAAAAAGCCUAGACAACUUUGCACGAGUAAACGUACAGAGUAUCACGAAGAAGGCAAAAGUAGCGUACGUGAAGAAAAACAAUUUGAAAAAUAUUCUCGAAAAUUAUAUAAACAUUGUUGGCCCUCCGAAGAUCUUUUUUAAAUUUUUAAAAAAAAGGAAUAAAUUAUUAAUUACUCAAAGACAUUUUUAUUAUGAUAAUUAUGAACAAGAGUUUAAGGAAACUAAUAUUUUGUUUCAAAUACCAAUCACUUUUACAUUUAAUAAAAGGAUUUAUAAAAUACUUCUUACAAACAAGUUUAUUUUAUUAAAUGUUGAAAUUAAAAGGGGAAUAUACCCACAUAAAGGAAAAGAAAAACAAGUCAUAACAAGUGGAAAUAUAUUUACCAUAAGUUUAAAGAAUAUUUCCUAUUUUUCCUAUCAUUUUGUUGAUAUGUUCUCAUUUAAAUUUAUCGUAAAUGCAAUAAAAAAAAAUAAAUGCUGUAAAUUUGAUAUAAUUCAUAUCAUCGUAAAUAUAAUUUUGUACCUUCUAGUGCGCGUAAAAACUUUGCAGCACGCAAGAAAUUUAACUCUCCUGAUAUGUAGGCAGUUGUUUUUGGUAAGUCAUCCUCAUGUAUCUGUGGAAAUAUUCAUAUCCAGAUUAAUCAAAAUUGAAAAUAGAAAAUUAAAAAUAGAAUUAGAAAAAGAACUACGAAAGAGUGAUCAUUUUGAUGAAAUGCAUAUAAAAUGCUCAUUUUUAUUAAAAGAUUUUAGGAUCUAUUUAUCGAAAAUUUUCUUCUAUUUUAAAGAAUCUGCAAGCACAUUAUCUUGA